UCAACUUUGAAUCACCCUCUGCUCACCUCUCUUCUUCUAAGAUUCGAAGAGGAAUCUUUAUUUCGAGCUAAUCGACGAUCAGUAACCGUUAUCUAAUCAACAAGGACAUCUUUGCAUUUAUUUACGAAGAAUGAUCAUCCAUUCGACCUUUUUGUUAAUGGUAUUAAUCACAUUCGUAAUUGCUGAAGAAUCGCUGUCUGAUAAUGUUUUAUCCGAGAAACGUGCCCCUAUGGGAUAUCAAGAAAUGCAAGGAAAAAAGAAUUCUGCUUCUUUGAAUUCUGAAAACUUUGGAAUUUUCAAACGUGCACUCAUGGGUUUUCAGGGUGUGCGUGGAAAGAAAAACUCGAUAAUCAAUGACGUCAAAAAUGAACUUUUUCCUGAGGACAUUAACAAGCGUGCACCGAUGGGUUUUCAAGGCAUGAGAGGGAAGAAGGCCUCGUUCGACGAUGAAUAUUACAAACGUGCUCCGAUGGGAUUUCAAGGAAUGAGAGGCAAAAAAUCUCUUGAAGAGAUUUUAGAUGAGAUUAAAAAGAAGAUUGCUACGAGAUUCCAGGAUUCAAGAAGCAAAGACGUGUACUUGAUUGAUUAUCCGGAAGAUUAUGGAAAAAGAGUAUUGUCAAUGGAUGGAUAUCAAAAUAUUCUCGAUAAGAAGGACGAAUUACUGAGAGAGUGGGAAAAAAGAGUUCCGAUGGGAUUUUAUGGAACGAGGGAUAAAAAAAUUAUUCUUGAUGCGUUGGAAGAACUUGAUAAACGAGAUGUUAUGGAUUUUCAAAUAGGUUUGCAACAUAAGAAAGAUACGUUCGACGAUUACUUGGAUUAUGCGAUUAAUCCAUUUGAUUACGAGAAAAGGAGUACGGAUUUUCAAGAUAUAGAAAGCGGUAGCGAAUCCUUUAAACGAGCUCGUAUGGGUUUUCAUGGGAUGAGAGGUAAAAGGGAUGCGACGGGGAUUUACGGAUCAAAUUCAAGCACUGUGGGAACGAUUUUUGGUUAUCAAGAUGUAAGGAAUCGAGGAAAUAAUUUUCCUGUAUAUUUAGUUGAAAAACGAUCACCGUUCAGAUAUCUUGGAGUCCGAGGUAAAAAGAAUCCACGAUGGGAAUUUCGAGGGAAAUUUGUAGGAGUGAGAGGCAAAAAAUCGUCGUUGCAAACUGUCUUCUAAUUCAUUUUAAUAAUAAUAAUAAUAAUAAAAAAAAAAAACAUCGAAAGGAGUAUGAAUGAAGAUUCGUGAAUGUUAUUAGAUCUUUCUGUCGACAUUUCUUUAUUUCAGAUACCUAUAUAAUUAGAGGUGAUACCAUUUAUGACAACAAUGGCAACACAACAACAAUAAUUAUUGCGUAGUUUUCUUGUUUAAACGUGUAUUAAACUUUAUGCUGCUUGGUAGAUAUAAGAAUAGAAAAUGUGAUCCCUAUCAGCGAGUUCCUUAUUAUUAUUGCGAAUUGCGAACAUUAUGAAAGAUAUUUUGAUUUUAUAUACUUUCCCGAAUUUUAUUUUUAACAGAAUAUUUGUCAAUCACGAACAUAUAACAUAUCUCUACUUAAUAUGUGUUAAAAAAAAUAUAAGACAAAACUUUUUUUAUUAACUUAUUUUUAUCAUUGUUGUUGUAUAACAUUUCUUUCUUUGUACAAUAUUUCAUUUCCUUCUUUCUUUACACUCAUGGAAGUACUAUGUCAACUUAUAAAUUAUUUAAAACAUAUAGACAUAUUCUUUUGUAUAAAUAUAUAAACAUAAAGAUAAAAAUAGAUAAAAAUUAUAUUAUUAUAUUUUUUUUAAAUAUUAAAUAAAUGAUAUAUAUAUAUAUAUCUUAUUUAGCGUCAUUAUGAUUAGCCAUUUACAACGAGUAUGUCGAGUACAAUUUCGAAAGAAAAUAGAAUUUCAUAAAUAGCCAAUGAUUACUUUUGUUUAUAAAUAAAUAUAAUAAAUCGCAAUAAAAACAAAUAA